AUGAAUCAAUCUAUAAACCUGUUUCGCGUACCACGGCCGAUGCAUCCGUCCGAGCCGGGAAAGAACGUCCCACGUCCGGCCGAGAAACCAUCGGCCAAAUCUUCGUCCGCCCGACCACGCCGGCCGACCGUGAAAUCAUCCGGCACGACCGUUCCGACUCGGCCCACCCGACUGUCCGGCCGACCGUCCCGACGACCGUCCGAACGCCGCGGUCGACCCGAAGCCGUUUUUGAAGCCCAAUCCGCACAAUUCAAGCCCAAAGCCGGCGCCGACCUAGCUAGAUUAGGUUUAGCCGUUUCUCAUACUUAG